UAAAUAUAUACUUCCUGUUCGGCGGCAACGCGCGCAAGCCAGUCUCAAUUGUAUUGUAUCGAGAGAAUAACUGAAGUUAUAAUUUGUGUAUAACAACUGUUUUGGCCUGAAAUGAGUUUACCGCUGAACCCCAAGCCCUUCCUCAACGGCCUGACAGGUAAGCCUGUGAUGGUGAAGCUAAAGUGGGGGAUGGAGUACAAGGGCUACCUGGUGUCUGUGGAUAGCUAUAUGAACAUGCAGUUGGCGAACACAGAGGAGUAUGUGGAUGGAGCGUUGGCAGGCCACCUUGGAGAAGUACUUGUUAGGUGUAAUAAUGUUUUGUAUAUCAGAGGAGUAGAGGAAGAGGAAGAGGAUGGAGAGAUGAGAGAAUAAUGGACAGAUCCAAGAAACAAAAACUUCCAGACUUUUAUUUUUAUUUCUUUAUUAUUUGUGUUAUGAUAAAUGUUGUAUUUUAUUAUUUUUCAGUUUUCACUAUGUGGAUAAAAUGGACUCUGGAGGGAGCAUUUAUAAUUUGUAAUCCCUUCAAAAUAAGUGUUUUUUGUACUUUAAUGUAUAAUUAUAAUAUGAUGUCAUUGUAUGACAGAAACAAUAAA